AUGAAGUUCAUUGACAGUGGUUCGCAACAAGGUGAAGCUGCAGUUCAUUUUAUAGAGAAAUGUUGCAUGGCAGAUUGUACUAAGGAAGUUCCUGAAGCAAAAGGCCUUCCACUUGAACAAGGCUCCCCUACACAUAGCUGGUUAGAUGAUUUAUCUUCUGAGGAGCUAGAUAAGCUUUUACAAGAUGCUGAAAGGCAGAGGCAAGUUCGAAUUGAUGAGUCUUGUUCAAGGAACAUGAACUUACAUGACAAAUCUGUAGCAAGCAUCCAAAAAAACAUUGAAGUGUCACUAAUUGAAGACCUUCAAGACAGAACCCCAGCACCAAGUGUUCAUGAACCUCCUAGUGGAGCAAGCAUUUCUGAUACAGCUACGUUUGAACUUCAGCCAAAGAGGAUGUACAAGGUGCCAGCUGCAUUGCGGUCUCCAUAUAUUGAUUACAACAGCAAGAAUACUUUCAACUGCAGUAAGGAGAUAUGCAUGGUAUACAAUGUUGUGUGCCGAGCCAGUGGAAGGUCUACAAGAUCCAGCCAAAGUUCCAGCCCAGAAAACCUUAUUAUCAUCAACUACUUCGCCUACUUCGUUAGUUUGGCUCAUCUUUCAAAGUCUGUUAGACCAAAGGGGAAGCUACUGAACACUACUUACUUGCAAGACGGUCAAAUAGACCACGCUGAAGUCAAAAGGGCAUUCCACAGACGUAUACAACAUUUGGAUCAUUUUCAAAUGGUCUUGUUCCCUAUCCUUCAAACAUGGACACCAAAAGGGCUGGAUGAAAAAGUUGGCCACUACUUGCUUUUGGUUUUGAACUUACGGGCAAAGCAUUUUGAGGUGCUUAACUCCAUGAGGUCUCUAAAUGAUGAAAAGCUAGCAAGUUGCAGUGCCACCCUUGUAUCACGAAUCAAGGAGUGCUGA